UCCUGAUGACGUUGACAUGGAGAAAUAGAUCUGGGUGUCAUUUUGAUAACACCCUGUACUAAAUAUCUUGAUGAUCUCUCCCAGCAGUUUCAUGUAGAUAUUAAAAAGCGUUGGAGACAGUAUGGAGUCUUGCUUUUAAGUUUCCUUGGCCUUGCUAGUUAACUAUGCCGGCAUCCUCUUGAAUGAUGUGAUGGUAUCUUUUCUGACCGGAGGUAUACGUUGUACUCGAGCUUCUAUUAUUAUGGUUUUGAAUUACCUCCAAUCACUCUGGAGAAUUGGAGAGGCUCUGGUGGUUUGCUUGACCUUCCCUUUCAACUUCCUUUUUAUCAGUCCCAUUCCCCUUUCAUUUUUUGUGAAAGUUCCUCUUUGGAAAUCCAACCUUGGCAAUGUUCCACGUACAUAUAUGCUGACUUUGAUUGCGUUGUGUUAACUAUUUCCAGUCACUCUUCAAUGACACUUAAAUCUCCUUUCACCUAUCUGGGCUUCUAUAGUGCUCUGCUAAUUAACUGGGGGUAAAAAUUACAACCCCCUACAAUAACUCUCAGGGACUUUGGGGUGAAUCUGGCCGAUAUGUGAACGAACCCCCUCCAUUCUGGAAGAUAUUCAAGUUAAAGGGCUUUAAAAGCCCUAUGUGAAAAACUUCCUGGUGAUUUAAAUAAUGAUUUAAAUCAAUCCACCCUGUGAAAAUAACUUGCAUUUCCCAAUGCAGUAUUUUUCUGUCUGGAAAAUACUCUGCCUAUACAUGAAUUAAAAAGCUACUUGAAUACUGUUCUGAGCAACUGGGAGGAAAGAUAGGAUAUAAUUCUAUUCAGUCUGCUGAAUUUAAGCAAAACAAGACAAAACACAUUUCUGACACCACAUGCCUAGGAAGUUAGGCAACAUUUUUCAAGAACAGCAGUGCGAAGAGCUAAAGAAUUCAGCUGCAAAAAUGAAAGCAGCACAGAGUGAAUCUCUUGACACAGGAAGAGAGCAAUCACUUAUUCCCCUUUUCCCUGCUAAAGACCUGAAAGCACGAGAGAUUACACGGUUGAGAAGACAAAAUUUCUUAAAGCCAGAGAAACUUUUCAGAAAAGUAAUCAAGAGAGGAAGAAUGUUCCAUAAGGCAACCCAAUCAUUGACCAAGCAACUGGACCCAGAUGGAGGAUUCAAACCAGUACGCAGCCUUGUAGAUGAAAAGCAUUUCCGGCCUCUGUGCUUGGUCCAAAAGAAGAAAAAGAAUGCAUGGUGGCAGAAGUGCCCUUACCAUAAAACGGAAUUCAGGCUGCAAGAUGUGCUGAUAUCUGGAGACAACACUCCAAAACUAGAUGUCCAAGAUUCAGGCCAGUUCACCAUUGUGGACCAGCUAGAUGGAAAAGUGGAAGGGGAUUUUAGUGGCACUAUUGAUCUAGCUACCAUAGAACUGAAAGGCACUGGCAGUAUAUUCCAUGCAAGGUCUGUGAAAGUGAAAAAAAUACACAUCUGCUCCCAACGGCUUCAUUCUAUAAUAGAAGAAGGGAAAGUCAACAUGUGUCAUGACUUCAUUAAACAAUCAAAGAAGUUCCAAAGGGACCUAUAUGUGAUCACUGAGGCAAUAGAGACUAUGGAAGAAACAAAGUUUGAGGAAUCCAGCCAAGCAGAAGGAAGCAUCUUUUCUGAAGUCUAUAUCAAACUGAGAGCAACGGGUAGAAGAGAUAUUAAGAAAACAAUUAGUAUCCCAAAAGGCUCUAUUCUGGCAUUCAGAACCAAGCGACUAUUAAUCAGAGAGGGAUACUUAGGCAUUUCCCACUAUCCAGAUGACAAAACAGCAACCUUUCAAAGCUUAGACUUUUGUGCUGAUAGAGUGGUGCAGGAUGGAAUUCCCAUUGAAGGACAAGGGCCAGAGGUCUUGGAAAACAAGUGGCAAGCCCUUCAGAGGGAAGUGAAAAAGGAAUGUGCUACAUUCUCUCACUUGUCUGCAGAUCUGUGUGGCAAGUUUUUAAAGGCCUUUGUGGCUCUAAUGAGAGAGAACGACCUCUUGCAAGAACUGGAGUUCCAACUGGAACAGGCUCGUGAAAGUACCGAUCAAGCCAGACUGAUGGCUGACAGACCAGAGCUGAAAGAUCUGAUAGAGAAUUUACAAUAUUCCAGUGGAGCUGUCACCAUUCCCAUUGUUGAGUCAGUCCUCUAUUUCCUUCAGGCCCUAGAUGAACUGACUGACAACCAGUUGACACUCCUGGCAGAAUCUGUGGAGAAAAAGAUUGUAUCAAAACAACUGGCACUGGCUGAAUGCAUCAUAGUUAAUGGCUCCAGCAACAAAACAUGGGAAUUUACUGUGGAUGCCCAUACCUUCACUGAAGAUGAACUAAACAUAACUGGAAAAAUGUUUGUAAUAAGCGGAGUGACAGUGCAAGAAAAUGGAACCAAACUUGCUGGAACUGGAAAUUUUGCUGCUUUGUCAGCUCUCAGUGCAUUGUAUGUGGCUUUGUAUGCACUGAGUGCUCUCUCCACAUCAUAGAAUGGCUCAAAAAUCUUCAGGCCUAACUCAUCCAUUCAUUCAUUUGAUUGCUAUACUGCCCUUUCAAAAAUGGCUCAGGGCGGUUUACACAGAGAAAUAAUAAAUAAAUAAGAUGGAUCCCUGUCCCCAAAGGGUUCACAAUCUAAAAUGAAACAUAAGAUAGACACCAGCAGCAGUCACUGGAGGUACUGUGCUGGGGGUGGAUAGGGCCAGUUACUCUCCCCCUACUAAAUAAAAGACAAUCACCACGUUAAAAGUGCCUCUUUGCCAAGUUAGCAGUUAGCUUCAACAUUGAAGCUAAACAGGUUUUGCUAACCCUGGGUGGUUUUUUUGGCUCAAAAGUAAUCUUUAUUGCCUGCUACUUGGUUUACUUUGCAAUUUAUAGCCUUUUUCUAAAUCACAUUUCUGAUCCUCUAAAAUCCUACAGUAAGCAGCAUCUCACCUGACAGGGGCUUCACCCAUCCCACACUGCAACACCCUUUCAAUAAUUGCAUUGGCAAUUGGUGCUGCUGCUGGAAAAGAGGAGCAUUCCAUGAUCUAUUUGCCAAGAUGGAGAGAUGUGGCAUAACAAUCUGAGAACAUUCUCCAAAAUGUCUACUAGGGAGGAACCUCUGAAAUUCAGAGAAAAUUUCAGUUUCUCCUUGAGGGAACUCUGAAAACCUUUAAAUUUGUAGAGAAUUUUGAUUUUGGAGAAUUUUUAAAAAAUCCUAUUCAACAAAUAGAUAUUUAGCAGGUGGCUGUCUUCUGAAAGUCCUGCCCUGUUGACGGUUAUUUGGACUAGUUAUCUAUGGUACAAUAUGGAUGAACUGUUUUCAAACAGACCAAACCAUUAUGUUUUUAUACACAAUUGUUAACAUUUAUAAAACCUGUUCUGAACCCCCAAGGCAGUGAGAUAUAAAUCAAAUAAAUAUUGAGGGCUAACUGAUAAUUAUGUCUGGUGGAUUCAUGGUUGGAAAACCAUUGGAAAACCGUACUCAAAAAGUGCUCUUCAGUGGCUCAUCAAACUGGAGGGAGUUUCAAGUAGAGUGCCACAGGGCUCUGUCCUGGGCUGGGUACCAGUGUUGCCUCUAACAGGGAUUCCCAGAUGUUGUUGACUAUACCUCCCAUAAUCCCCAAGCAAAAGCCAUUGCAGAUGGCCUACAAAGCCCCACUACGGUGUGAGUCCAUGAAAUACACCCUUAGAACUGGGGACUUCCUGUUUUACAGCUCAAGCUCUUAGCUACUGCACUUCACUAACAUACAGAUGCACGUUUAUUAUCAAAACAGAUUCUUAUCACAGACAUUUAGCUAAUAUACUUAAAGAAAAAGAUAAAAGGUGGUUUUCCAACAAGUUGGUGUAUGAUUUCCAACAUAUAAAAAGGUCCCAUCAUGAGUUUCUUGCAGGUCAAUAAGAACAUGUUGUAACAUUCCCUCUGAAACAUUACCGCACUACAUUCUACAUCAAAGCGGAUGUAUUAUGGAGAAAAAACUGAUGCCUUCCUGCUGAUUAAACAGAAAUUGUGGCAACACUAUCUUUGUCACAUGGAUAUUUUCCAACCUAAGGGACAAAAUGUAAUGGAAAAGCAAGCAGUGCUUCCCGCCCCAUCCAAAUUAUCUGCUCUAUCACCUCCAAUUCCAACUGUUCCUCCUUCAAAUGUUCAAAACAAAACUCACAAGCCACCACUAUUCCGGCUGUUCAGGCUACCAGAAAAUGUCUAAAAAAUUCCUUCUAAAAAGGACCAAGAUAUGAUUUACAUAUCACUCUGGUAUGUGUGAGCCACAGAGGUAAUACACAGAAUGAGGAGGAAAAUUAAGAUGCACUAUUAUAAUUUAAAAGUAAAAUUGCAUUUUUUUAAAAAAAAAUAACCCAGGAGGCAAAAGUCCAGACUGGGCCUUGGGAUAGUGGUAAAAGCAGAACGCAGUGGUUUUUGACUGGUCCUGUACAAGGACCCAGAACAAUACCUGUUUAUUUACUUAAAGUAUAUAAUUUAAAAGGGGGGAAAGCUGGGGAGGGACACCCAGCCUUGUUUUUAGCUUUUAGCAAUUAGCUCAAAAGGGGAGAGGGACACCCAUCCAAUUCCCCACUCACCCGCCCUGAUUGAUUGGCAACCCUGUAUGGAGGCUCUCUACUGUGAGUCAUGUAACUAAGAGGUAGGGCCAUCCAAAUUAAUAAGAGACAAACAAUUACAUUACUAAGAGAUAGGGUCAUCCAAAUAAAUAAGAGAUGUAUUAAUCAGACAUGUUACUAAGAAGACCAUCCAAAUAAACAAGACAUCUUCCUAGGAGUCAGAACCUAGGAAGAGAACAAUGAGAGUCAUAGGGGUGUCCAGUUUCAAAUGGAGACUAAAAAGAACAUAGGAACAUAGGAAGCUACCAUAUACUGGGUCAGACCAUAGGUCCAUUUAGCUCAGUAUGGUCUACACAGAUUGGCAGCGGCUUCUCCAAGGUUGCAGGCAGGAAUCUCUCUCAGCACUAUCUUGGAGAUGCCAAACUAAUUUGAAUACUUUCCUUUCACUAAUUGAUAAUUACCAUCUCCACAAGUUAGCCCACUUGUGUCUCAAACAUUCAGGUAUCCGCCAUCUUGAAUUGGAGUGGAUGACAUUGUCACAAACUCUACUGUUGUGGUGUCCCUAUGUGACCCUACAACUGUACCAAAUUUGAUCAAAAUCAGGCAGUUCACAAGUUAGCCCACUUCCAGCUCAAAUGUUCACAUAUCCACCAUCUUGGACUAAGAUCACAAACUGCACAGUUGAGGGGUCCCUAUGUGUCCCUACAAAUGUUCCAAAUUUGGUUCAAAUCAGUUAGGCAGUUCAAAGUUAGUGCACUUGUGCCUCAAAGAUUCACAUGUCCGCCAUGUGAACGUUGACUUGGGGUGGAUGACAUCAUCACAAACUACGCUGUUGAGGUGCCUCUGUUUCCCUGCAACUGUACCAAAUUUGGUUCAAAUUGGGCCAGGCACUGCAAAGUUGACAGAGGGAUGGAUGCACCAACAGACACACAAUCUGAUAAGCUUAAGGAAUUUUCUUAAAGAAAGUAGGCUCUAGAAUCCAGCAGCUUUCAUUGAGCUUUUCAAACAUUGUUUGACUGUUGCAGUUUCUCACUGGAUAAAGAUAACUUCUACAAUCAAAUUUAGCACAGCAUGCUUUGCUUAUUAUUGCUUCUGUAAUUUUCAUUAGAUCAAACUUAUUUUUAAAACCAUAUUUGAGAGUUUAAGAUUUAAAAAAUAUUACUUUAAAGACUGAUUUAAUUACUAGAUAUACUUAUUUUUUAUUCCGUGUAUAUGGAUAUGGCAUUAAAGUAAGUUGAUUAGUAUGUAUUAUUUAUGUGCAUCACCAGAUCAACUUUUUAUAGGUU